UAUAAAGGUUGUGAGGAUCAGGAAACAUGCAUUCUGAAUUUAAAACAAGCAAGAUAUGGCGGUCUUUAAAGUUCUUCGGCUGGUGUCUCUGGCUGUGCUGAUGUUGGUGUCUCAGCUGGACUCUGCCAGCGCUGCUGUUCGGGUGUUUGGCUUACAUGCCAGAGAUCUCACCGGUGACGCUGCUGGAAACAAACCCGAUCCAUACCUCAAGGUCUGGUGUGGCUCUUCUUUUGGGGGGCAGACAUCAUUUAUCAAGGAUACUGCUCAUCCUAUUUGGAAUAAAGAAUUCUACUUCCCACAUUGCGGAGCAAAUCAAAACCUGAGGGUGGAGGUGUGGGACAAAGACCUGAAAUAUGAUGAUCGUUUGGGCGUGUGCAGCAAACUGGUGCGAAAAGGGUCUUUCGGGGUAAAUUGUUAUCUGAAGAAAGGAACUAUGUUUUACAAUUAUGAAGCAAAAUAAACCUGUUCUAAAUCAGCAGUUUGUAAACUACUUUGAGGCUGAUAACAAUAAAGUUGAACCUUUUUUAUUUGCUAGUG